AUGUUUAGAAAUAACUACGAUAACGACUCGGUGACCUUCUCACCGCAGGGCCGAAUCUUCCAAGUUGAAUAUGCUCAAGAAGCCGUAAAGCAGGGCUCAGUAGUCGUCGGAAUCGUCAGCAAAACACAUGCCGUCCUAGUGGCUCUGAAGCGCAACGCCGAAGAACUCUCCUCCUACCAAAAGAAGAUAAUCCCCAUAGACCAGCACCUAGGCAUUGCCAUCGCCGGCCUGGCCUCUGACGCCCGCGUCCUCUCAAACUACAUGAAACAGCAAUCCCUCGCCUCAAAAAUGACCUACGGCAGACCUAUCCCGCUCGAACGCAUCGUCAGCCAAGUCGGCGAGCGUGCCCAGACAAACACCCAACUCUACGGCAAACGGCCCUACGGCGUCGGCCUUCUGGUGGCCGGCAUCGAUGACGCGGGGCCCCAUUUAUACGAAUUCCAACCGUCCGGGAUGACGCAGGAGAUGGUUGCUUGUGCCAUUGGGGCACGAAGUCAGAUGGCGCGGACGUACUUAGAGCGCCACUUGGAAAAAUUCAAUGAUUGUGGGCGGGAGGAGUUGAUUCAGCAUGGGCUGAGGGCGUUGAAGGAGAGCUUGUCUCAAGAUAAGGAGCUGACGGUUGAUAAUACGACGGUCGGGAUUGUCGGGACUGGGACUGGUGUGGGAAAGGGGAAGGUUGAGGCAUUUAGGUUAUAUGAGGGUUUGGAGGUUUCUGGGUUUCUAGAGAGUGCGAAUACUGACGGGCAACAGGCGGAGGCGGAGGGAGCAGAGGGGCAGUCGAUGGAGGUUGAUUCAUGA